AUGUUUACUUUUGAUAUGGACCCGAGCCAUCGCUACCGCUAUCUUUUCGCUGUGUUUUGCUUUUCGUCUAUUCGUGGUGUCAUGCAGACCCUGUAUGCAUACCUUGUUGGCGUGAACUUUGUACCUGUAACCGACCUUUACAUACAUCACCGUGGUGCGGAGAAGAAAGUUCGAUACGAGGUUUGCAAUUAG